AUGGCGCGAACCAGAGGAGCCAAAUCUUCCUCUCCUUCUAGCCGUAAGCGAGUCCCGCGAGGGGCGCCUAUUCAAGGCCCCACUUCUGAACCUCCGCGGCUAGAAGCUGUUUCCCCUCCGGCGAAGCCCGCGCCUCAAAAUCCUCCGGCGAGGCGUUAUCUCACUAGGUCAGGGGGCCAUCCCCUGCAAAAGAGAGCCAGGGUUGAAAGCUCAAAGCCCAUAGACUUAACAGAGCAGUCCCCGGUUCCCUCACCAGAGCCUUCUCCAUUGCCAUCUCUGCCGCCAUCUCCAGCGCCGCCAGCAGAGCUUCAGGAGCACCAACCGCCACUUUCUGUACUCCAAAUUCCAUCUGGGAUAGCUCCUGAAGUGCUAAUCAGGCGUUCGAUGCUCAGUCAACCACCAAUUGAAGGGAAUUUGGACUGCAGAGCUCGGUCAUUUCACUCUGAGCUGUGCUUUGACACAGCCACCUUCUAA